AUGUUGUCUCAAAUACUACGCUUUACUUUCCCGCCCCGAAUCACCAUCUCGUCAGCAUCAUUCCUGAAGCUGCGCCAACAGAUUGCUUCUGCAGGCGCAACAACACAAUACUAUGGCUAUACCACGCCAACGAAAGUAGCGAACCUGCCCCGAAAGCGCCACGAGAUAUGCUGGGUAAUCCAGUGGCCUGACGAGCUGAUAAACCGAAGGGUUGUGUCCAAGGGACUGGCUGAGGCUGGUGUUACCGAUGCGACAACUUUGGUCUUGGAGUUUACUGAUGCUCAAAUUGAACAUCUAAUUAAUGCUCUCGAGGCUCCAGUCUGCGAGUUUGCGUGCAUCCGAUUGAGAGACGAUGCCCCAUUGGAAGAUCAGGCCCUCCAAGCAUCUAUGCAUAAGACCUACUCUGAUACAUACCAGAUCCAAGGUUUCACGGGUGGUUACUGGGCGUACGCAACCAACACAAAUGAGACAGCGGGUGUCCCUUACAGUACUCCAACAGACGAAACAGUGCCCAAGUCUCAGAGAAGGCUUGCGGUCUACUACCUUGGGUGGGAAAGCAUUGAGCUGCAUGAGGAUGGAACUCGAACGGAAGCAUUUGCGGAAGAAAUCAACAAAUUGCAGCCUUACUUUGGUCCGGAUUCUGGCGCCUGGUAUGCCAUGCUUCGUCAACACAAAUAA